UGUUUCUGCUGGCACAGUUGAUGAAUGGAGAUCUAGAACUAUUUAUCAAUUACUGACCGAUAGAUUUGCUCAAUCUCCUGGUCAAGAGAAUCCUUCUUUAUGUAGUAAUAAUAAUGAACCUGAAAUUAGGCAUUACUGUGGUGGCACAUUUAAUGGGAUUGUCAAUAAACUUGAUUAUCUUAAAAAUAUGGGAUUUGAUGCUAUUUGGAUUAGUCCUGUUGUUAAACAAGUAGAAGCAGAAACUAAAUAUGGUGUUGAUUGGGCUCAGGACUUGUAUCAAAUUAAUGAACACUUUGGUACAUCAGAUGAUCUCAAAAACUUAGUUAAAGCUGCUCAUGAUAAAGGAAUCUGGGUUAUGGUUGAUGUUGUUGCAAAUCAUAUGGGACCUCAGGAUGGAAAAAAACCAGGAACUGAAGAUUAUGUUAAGAUUUAUAAUCCAUUUAAUAAAACUGAAGAUUAUCAUUCCUAUUGCUCUAUCACCGACUAUAAAGAUCCAGGAAAUGUAGAGUAUUGCAGUAUAUCUGGAGAUGAUUUACCGUUGCCAGAUUUAAACACCGAAAAUCCAAGUGUAGUUUCUGAACUUAAUAAAUGGAUUAAAUGGCUUGUGUCAGAAUUCAAUUUUGAUGGCAUCAGAAUUGACACUGUACGUCAUAUUCCACAUAAAUUUUGGAUUGGAUUUGCAAAAUCAUCUGGAGUCUUUUCCAUAGGUGAAAUUCUUGAUAGUGAUUCAGACACUGUUGCAUCUUAUCAAGGACUUAUAGAUAGUACAUUAGGAUAUCCUUUAUACUUCAAAAUAUCCAAUUUGUUUAUAAAUCCUGGUGCAAAUAUGUAUGAAAUUAGAGAUGUAAUCAAGAAUGAUAGAUAUUUUUUUAAAGACACAAGUGUAUUAGGAAAUUUUAUUGACUGUCAUGAUAAACCUAGACUCCAACAUUUAACAAGUGAUCAAGUAUUGAUUAGAAAUGUUCUUACAUUCGUAUUAUUAUUUGAUGGUAUUCCUAUUGUUUAUCAAGGCACAGAACAAGGUUUUAGCGGUUCACCGACUGGUGAAGAUCCUUAUAAUAGAGAAGCUUUAUGGCCAUCUAAUUAUAAAACAGAUUCACCAUUAUAUCAAUUCAUCUCUAAUAUAAAUGCCUUUCGUAAAACUCUCCCAACAAGUUAUUUCACUUCGCUUUCAAUUGAAGCUUGGAUUAAUGGGCGUAUUUAUUCUUUCGUUAAAGAUAAGGCUUUGAUUGUCACGUCUAAUUAUGGCAGUAGUAACCCAAAUAUAGAUUUAAUAAUACAAGGAAAUGGUAGAUGGAAUGUUGGUGACAAUUUAAUCAAUGUAGUAAAAUGCGAAGAAGUAGUAGUGAUUGAUGAAGAUAUGAACGUACCUGUGAAAAUUGAUGGUGAACCAAAAGUGUUUUAUCCACGAGAUUUAUUAAAAAAUAGUGGUGUUUGUGGUUUAUAA